AUGGUUCAGCGCGGAGUGGACGGAGGCCUCGUUGUGGUGGAUGCCAUCAAACAAGGCCUUCGGAUCGGCAGGAUGACAAUACGCAGGCGCCUGCUCGUCAACGCGGGAGAGGGAGCCGGGCAGCAUCUUCAGCUCAUGGGGGCCACAGCCACUUGCUGGCCCCUCGGCGACUCACGCCGAGGUAAGAAAGAAAACAAAUGCUGCGCCCAGGAAGAUCAUCUGACGCCGAAAGGUCUGAGGGACUGGGAGAGAGGCGGACUGCUGGAGGCGAUCGCUUACUAUAGAUCGAAGCUAGAGGCGGUGGUCUUCAUGUGGGUGCCAGCACACGUGGGAAUAGCCUGCAACGCAUACGCCGACGCGGUGGCGACAGCAUACCUCGGAAAUAACGACGCGGAGGACGCCUCGAAAGUGGUGCGGGACGCGGUGCGAACUCGGCCGUGCAUGUACACAGUGAGAAAGGAGAUGGCAGAAGACCCGGAGAAGAGGGAGAUAUCGGACCGACGGACAUACGGGCACAUGCGCCAGAGCGCACACGAGUGGGUGUGCGAACAACUUCGAAAGACGGGGUGGCGGGACGGCUGUGGAGCGAAGUGGCUGUAG